AGUCGCCCCCCUCCUCUCUUCCUCCCUCUACCCUGACACAGCACUUAGCACCUGAAUCUUCGUUUCUCUCCCAGAGACCCUGCAUUCCCUAUAUCCAGGAAAAUGUGAUGCGCUACAGGUAUCAGCUUCUAGAUCACCACUUCACGUUCUGACUUGAGUGGAAGAUCCAGAGCGGAGGUACAUCAUCAGGAAGAUGUCUAAAGAAAUGGCAGACCAAAGAGAAGGAGAAGCUGGGGAAAAAGAGGUGUGCAGCGACGAGAUCAAAGGACCGGACAAAGACGAGGAAACACCAGCUGCCUCAUCCGAUGGGCAGGGGUGGCGUCCAAGUGGCAGAGCAGCUAGGAACUCAAGGCCUGAACCUGGGGCCAGACCCCCUGCUCUCCCUGCCAUGGUCAAUGACCCACCAGUACCUGGCUUACUGUGGGCCCAGGAGGUGGGCCAUGUCUUGGCCGGCCGUGCCCGCAGGCUGCUGCUGCAGUUUGGGAUGCUCUUCUGCACCAUUCUUCUCCUGCUCUGGGUAUCGGUCUUUCUCUAUGGCUCCUUCUACUAUUCCUACAUGCCGACAGUCAGCCACCUCAGCCCCGUGCAUUUCUACUACAGGACCGACUGUGAUUCCUCCACCACUUCACUUUGCUCCUUCCCUGUUGCCAAUGUCUCGCUGGGUAAGGGUGGACGAGAUCGGGUGCUGAUGUAUGGACAGCCGUAUCGCGUUACCUUAGAGCUUGAGCUGCCGGAGUCCCCUGUGAAUCAAGAUUUGGGCAUGUUCUUGGUCACCAUUUCAUGCUACACCAGAGGUGGCCGAAUCAUCUCCACUUCUUCACGCUCGGUGAUGCUGCAUUACCGCUCAGACCUGCUCCAGAUGCUUGACACACUGGUCUUCUCCAGCCUCCUGCUGUUUGGCUUUGCAGAGCAGAAGCAGCUUCUGGAGGUGGAGCUCUAUGCGGACUAUAGAGAGAACUCGUACGUGCCGACAACCGGGGCCAUUAUUGAGAUCCACAGCAAGCGCAUCCAGAUGUAUGGAGCGUACCUCCGCAUCCAUGCCCACUUCACUGGGCUCAGGUACCUGCUAUACAACUUCCCGAUGACCUGCGCCUUCAUAGGUGUUGCCAGCAACUUCACCUUCCUCAGCGUCAUCAUGAUCUUCAGCUACAUGCAGUGGGUGUGGGGGGGCAUCUGGCCCCGACACCGCUUCUCUAUGCAGGUUAAUAUGCGAAAAAGAGAUGGUUCCCGAAAGGAAGUACAGCGAAGGAUCUCUCCCCAUCAGGAAGGCCCUGAAGGCCAGGAGGAGUCAACCCAGCAGUCAGAUGUUACAGAAGACGGUGAGAGCCCUGAGGAUCCCUCAGGGACAGAGGGUCAUCUGUCUGAGGAGGAGAAGCCAGAUCAGCAGCCCCUGAAUGGAGAGGAGGAGCUAGAGCCGGAGGCCAGUGAUGGUUCAGGCUCCUGGGAAGAUGCAGCUCUGCUGACGGAGGCCAACCUGCCUGCCCCUGCGCUUGCCCCAGAGACUCUGGGCAGCUCUGCACCCUCUGUGGGGGCUGUCCGACAGCGCCCCACCUGCUCUAGUUCCUGAAGAAUAGAGGGAAGAUUCCUCACAUUCCAGCACUUUCCCACCUCACCCCUCCCCUUUGUCCCCUUCCUCCAAUAAACUAUUUUCGUGCCAGCUGCU